CCUUUACAUAUUUCUCAAGAAUUUACGAGUCGCAGUUACCAUGGCUGACGAAGCUCUUGCAAAUGCUGGUUUGCACUUUGAUGACUUAAACAAAAUACGAGUAUUGGAACCUGAAAUUCAAAGCCAGACGACAGAACUGAAAGAAGAAUGUAAAGAUUUUGUGGAUAAAAUUGGAGACUUUCAGCAUAUAGUAGGAGGAUUCAUUGACAAAGUGGAUCAACUUGCAAAAGAAGUUGAGAAAGAGAAGAUGAAGGCAAUUGGAUCUAGGAACCUAUUGAAAUCUAUAUCAAAACAGAGAGAAGCACAACAGCAACAACUUCAAGCAUUGAUUGCAGAGAAGAAGACGCAACUAGAGAGGUAUCGCAUCCAAUAUGCAGCACUCCAGAAGGAAGAAGCAGAACAGAGUGAAUUCAUAGAACAGUUUAUUCUAAAUAAAUAGCGUUUUCGGACGUGGAGGUCAUUGAUCAUGGAAAAUACUAUUUGUCCUAUACUAGUAUCUUGUGAGACAGAUGAAUGUAGAAGUAGGGUUUGAUAAAAAGGUAAGCUUGUUUAAUACUUGGUCAAUUGCUACUCAGUCUACUUUCCAUUUUGUCUCAUCCCUCAUGGUCUAAUCAUAGUACACCUUCAACUAUUUGGUCUAAUUGCUAUC